UGCCUACGUAACACACACUGCCAGCAAUUGUACUAAAUACUUCACUGCUGAAAAAAAAACCCAUCUUUGUUGCUAUGGGAGAUUGGAAGACUAUUACUGUGCCAGUGCUGUCAUCAGAUAGCAAAAACAUUUUUCAAUAUACCUCAGAAAAAAGGUUAUCUUCCCCAAGAAUGAACUCACAAGUGCUAUGCUUGCCACUGCCUUCGUCCAAAAGCAUGCACAGCUUUUUCAGUGCCUUUUGCACAGAAGAGAAUUUUGAACAGAGUAUAUCCUAUCUUAAUAGGGAAUUGACAACACUGGGUUUUCCUUCUAUUUAUGCGGAGUCCAAAGGAAAAGAAUUAAAUUUAAUUUCUGUCAUAAAUUGCAUGAAUGAAUUACUUGUACUGCACCACAAGAACCUUCGAGCUCAGGAAGAAGUAGAAAUGCAGCAUCUGAAACUGGGUAGCGAUAUGGAUCACUUAAAGAACUGCUACGCUAAAGUAAAGGAGCAGUUGGAAUUAUCUAGAAGGGAAAUAGUUGGACUUCAGGAAAGAGACAGACAACUGCAAAGCAAGAACAGAAAUUUGCAUCAAUUACUUAAAAAUGAAAAGGAUGAAGUACAGAAGUUGCAGAACAUCAUUUCAAGCAGAGCUACACAGUACAAUCAUGAUAUGAAGAGGAAAGAGAGAGAAUAUAACAAGUUAAAGGAACGCUUACAUCAGUUAGUCAUGAACAAAAAGGACAAAAAGAUAGCUAUGGACGUUCUAAAUUACGUUGGUCGAGCUGAUGGGAAGAGGGGUGCAUGGAGAACCAAUAAGACAGAAGCCAGAAAUGAAGAAGAAAUGUACAAAGCUCUGCUAAGUGAUUAUGAACAAUGCCAAAAACAGCUUUUAGUGGAAAAUGCUGAGCUGAAAAAAGUUCUUCAGCAAAUGAAGAAAGAGAUUAUUUCACUUCUCCCACCACAGAAACAGAAACCUAAAGAAGGGUCUGAAGAUGGACCAGUGCUGUCAGACCUGGAGGACGAUAUUGGAGAGUUAAAUAAAGAGAAUAUGUGGGAACUGUCUUGUGAAACUGUGCGGGAGCAGCUUACCAACAGCAUUAGGAAACAAUGGAGAAUGUUGAAACAUCAUGUUGAAAAGCUGGAUAACCAAGUGUCACGUGUACAUUCAGGAACUUUGAAUGAAAAAGAUGUAAUUUCAAGAGAAGACCAUGAGCUGGAAACUGAAAAGCUAGAGUUAGAGAUUCAGCAAUGUAAAGAAAUUAUCAAAACUCAGCAACAGCUCUUACAGCAGCAGCUUAUGUCUCCAUGUGACGAUGACACCACUCUGCUACUACAGGACUGCUAUUUGCUGGAAGAAAGAGAGCGUCUCCAGGAAGAAUGGAGACUAUUUCAAGAACAAAAAAAGAAUUUUGAGAAGGAACGAAAAAGUUUUACAGAAGCUGCUAUUCGAUUAGGACUUGAGAGAAAGGCAUUUGAAGAAGAUCGAGGAGUGUGGCUGAAGCAACAGUUCUUAAGUAUGUCUACCGAUUACAAGCACUCUGAAAAUGUGACAACUCCAAGUGCCUUCUUAGAAAGUUCUGACCAAGGCAAUCGAUUGGUGAAAUCUACAUCUCAAAGAAAACCUCGCUGUGUGUUCAGUGAUCCUGUUCCAGCAGAAGCUUGCCAGGCAUCUCACUAUAUUACUUGUAACAGUUCCAGUGCUGUGUCAAUAAAACCUGCUGGAGAGAGCAACCCAAAUCAGUGGGUGGAAAGUGACAAAGAAGAAACAGAGUAA